AUUUGAUCCUAGUUGAGAUCGCCUAGCAAUGAAUUUUGUAUUUUAAGUGAGUGAUUAUUUGGUGAGAGAUUAUUUGGUGAGACAACAUGGGGUCUCACCGGUCGUCCAAGGAGAGGCUCAAGUGGACCAAGGAAUUGCACGACUUGUUCGAGAAGGCAGUCAAUCAGAUUGGAGGUCCAGAUAGAGCAACUCCCAAAGGUAUUCUGAAAGCUAUGGCUAUUCCCGGAUUGACCAUCUUUCAUGUCAAGAGUCACCUACAGAAGUACAGGAUGUCGGUAUUCACUCGAGAAGAAGACCAUACCAAAGGCAAGCUCGAGAGACGGAGCGUAUCCGAGAUGCUUCCCAACUUCUGUGCCCUCUCCGGCGCGCAGCUGAACGAGGCGUUGCUCAUACAGAUGGAAGCGCAGAGAAGACUGAGCGAUCAGCUUGAGGUCCAGAAAAGCUUGAAGAUGAAAAUCGAAGCGCAGGGAAGAUUUCUGGACAAGAUCAUGGAGGAGUACAAGAAUAGGUCGCCUGCAGGAACCAAGCCAUACUCUCCCAUUCUCUCACUUCCUUCUCUCAGCGACGAAUCCGACUCCGAUGUAGAAGAUGUGAGUGAGAUUUCAUCCAAGGAAGAUUUCCAGCCUCCCAAGAGGAUCAAGAUUCAGCAGCAUCACAACCUUCCAUGCUUCAAUCUUGAUUCACACCACUUGAAUCUCUUCUCCGUCGAUGGCAUCACCAACCAAGAACUGGCCUUCCCGUGGGUCGACCGCGCGUUAUCCCCAUCGCCGUUGCUGGGCAUGUACAACCAUCUCAAUCGGUGACGAUGAUAUAGUGCUGUGUGUAGUGAAAUAAAAUUGAUGUGUUUGUGGAUUGAAAUUGAUGGUCGAUGUGUGUUUCUAUUGAAUAAUGGCCAGUGUAUAUUGUCGAUCGUUUGAGAGAUGUACUUGAUCAUAGAUAUGCCCUCUCUAUUUUAAUUCGUGGUAUGUUAUAAUCUUUAUUUCAUUCA